AUGUCCCAACCUACUCUAACAAAAGCCGUUGUGCACAAACCCCCUCUGAGAAAAGAUGUAGACAGACCAUCCGUCAUCCUCUACGGCGCCAUUCUAUCUGACCCAGCCAAAGACUGGCAAGGAUACCUCACAGCUUCACUAUCCGACCUUCCUGUCGCUAUCAUAAACCCGCGUUGCGAUGCCUGGGACAGCAGCUGGAUCGAGGAUAUCUCUUUUCCACCCUUCAAGGAGCAGGUUGAGUGGGAGAUGGACCAUGCGCACAAAGCGGACGUUAUUGUCUUCUACUUUGCAAGCGAUCCCAAAGUGAUGCAGCCGAUUACAUUGCUGGAACUGGGACUCUAUGCCGGCACUGGGAAGGCAGUAGUUUACUGUCCAGAAGGCUUCUGGAAGAGAGGAAAUGUGCAGAUAGUGUGCCAAAGGUAUGAGAUUGAAAUGUGCAAGACAUUGGAGGAGCUGGGGAGAAAUGUAAGGGCAAGGCUGAUAGCUAAACUCGAGAGUUAG